ACACAUUGUCUUCUUUUGAUGACAUCAUCACUGGGACUUUCCGGAUGCGUUGGGAUUGUCGUGUAAAAAGUUAUUUUAAAAUAGGAUUACUCUAGGUAAUAUAUCACCGCGGGGAAGAAGAAUAUAGAUCACAGGAAACCAUGAAGGAGGGUAAAGAUCGACAUGACACCGAAUGGUUAAAAUAUUAAAACUCUCCGUUGUCAAUAGGGACAGAUAUUCAUAAACAGAAUGUCAACAACGCGGCCUCUCCUUGGUAUGAAGCGAGUCACCGAGGUAACCUGUUCGGAACCGCCCGGAAACAGGCUAUCACCAGUAGCGAGCAAACAACAGCAAGAGGUCCUGACAGUGGACGAAUUUGCGGUCCUUGAAAACAAGCAAGAAGAACUGAAUUGCGCUAAACGCAAAGUAGAACAGGUUUUCCAGGUAGCUUUCACAAUUAUCGGCCUUUUGGACCACACUGGAGCCCACAGUAGUACAGCAUCAAGGCAGAUAUGGCUUAAACUCAAGGGAAAGAGAGACGACGUGUCGAAGGCAAAGGAGUACCUGAAAGGUCUCUGUGACCCAGAGCUGCAGCAGGUGGAGCGCUACCCUGUGGACAUCCACUGCAUCUUUGCCGGUGCCCGGGGUUUGUUCCUGGAUCGGCUGCUGCGGGACACCAGCGCUGAGGUUGUGGUGCUGGAGCCGGGACGAUUGCGCCUGCUGGGCUGCGUUGAGUCUGUCGUCAUGGCACAGAGCCGCGUGCAGCAGUUUGUUGCUCUCUUCCAAGAGAAGCGGAGCCUGCCCGGAGACAGGGAGCAGACCGUCAAACGCACCUUCAAGACGUUUGUGGAGGAGCGGGACGAUAAGUACGCCAUGGAGCUGCUCUUGCUACCCAGUGCCCUGAAGGAGGAGCUGCUAGGUCUUGCCCAGAGCCCCACUCAGCCUGGUGGGGUUAUAGACGUGGACCAGGAUCGCUCCCAAAGCAGCACCCCUGUCACUGACCUCUCCAACCGCAUCGUGGACACCAGCUUUGAGGAGAAGGCGGCUGGGGCUCCAGCCGGGGCCGAAGUGGGGUUGCUGAAUGGCAUCCGACCCUCCCACAAGCGGCGUUCGUCAGAGAGCGAGCUGAGGGACACCAAGAGGCAGUUUUCCCUAGAGAGGAGGGGUGAGUCGAUUGAGAAAGAGUGCCACACUGUAACCAGUGACAGCCGAGCUAAGAAUCCAUCCAAGGCCAACAUGGGGCUUAUGGUGCUGGACUCCACUGAUAGUGCAGAGGACCGGGAAGCUGUGACCCCAGAGACCAACCUGCGGUGCCUGGUGAACUUCUUCAGGACUAUGGGCUACCAGCAGGAGGUGGUGGAGAGGGUGGUGAGGGAGACGGGCCAGACAGAGGACACCUUCCUGCUGCUGGAGCGCAUUGUGGAGGAGAGCCAGAGAACAGAGGGGCAGCGAGGUGGGGCGUCCUCAACCCACAACCCUGAGUCUUCAUCUUCCUCCUCCGCUACUUUCUCCAGGGAUAAGGACAGAGGGCCAGAUAGAAUGCCAAACAGAGCCCUGGAUGUAAAGUCCAAGGAGAACAUUAAGCCACUCAGCAGCAAUGCUGUGGGCCAGAGGGGACAGUGUAGCAGCAUGCUGCAGACAGUGACACUAAAGAGGAGCAGCACUGGUCAGGGGGCUGCUUACAAUAUCAUCACCAUUGAGGAUGACGAGGACAGUUCCGACACUAUGACUGGCGUUAAGGCCAGGACGGCAGAGCAACUGGAUCCUCCAUCGGGGUCCAGGAUGGACUACCUUUCCCGGGGAGGGGCUCAGACCAUGGGGCCGAUGGGGCCGGUACAUGUGGAGAGUGUGACGGCACUGCGGAGCACACCACAGUGCCCAGCCCAGCCAGCAGGCACAAGGCCAGGCUGCUCCUACCAGACCCUGUCAGCCAGGGUCCCUCCACCCCGCACAGAGCCCCCUCCACCACCCCUGACUGCCACGACGCGCUUCCAUGAGUCCCUAAGAACCCCCUACACCCUGACCCUACAGAAUGAGCCUGGACACCCUGACCUCCGCCACAUCAUCAUCGACGGCAGCAACGUGGCCAUGGCGCACGGUCUCCACCGCUUCUUCUCCUGCCGGGGGAUAGCCAUUGCUGUUGAGGCCUUUUGGAGUCGGGGCCACCGGGAGAUCACCGUCUUUGUGCCUCAGUGGAGGCAGAAGAGAGACCGCUAUACCACAGAACAACAUUACCUGAAUCAACUGGAAGACCUGCGUCUGCUCUCCUUCACUCCUUCCAGAGAGGUCUGUGGAAAGAGGAUUUCCUCACAUGAUGACAGGUUUCUGCUCCAUCUGGCAGAGAAGACAGGAGGGGUUAUCGUCACCAAUGACAACCUGCGGGACUUUGUAAAUACAUCACAGGCAUGGAUGAAGAUCAUCCAAGAGAGGCUUUUGCAGUUUACCUUUGUGGAGGACCACUUUAUGAUCCCAGAUGACCCCCUGGGGAAACAUGGCCCCCACCUGGAUGUUUUCUUACGGAAGGACAACAGACGGAGCCCAGUUGCACCUCUUCUGAGGCCGGACCCCCAAGCCACCCCGCAGCAUGUCCAAGCUCUGCAGUCUGCUCCCUGCCCCUCAGCUACCCCCCAUCCCUCAGCUACCCCCUUGAUGAGGCCACCCUCCCAAUGGCCGCACUCUGGGCCCCCUGGGUGGCACCCCCCUUGCCCUACACCCUCAUCCCCUCUCCAGCGGUCGCACUCCCCUCCCCCAACACCCUCCCCCCCUCCCCAGCGGUCACCCUUGGAAACCAUAGAGCUCAAAAGGAAGAUGUACGAUAUCUUCCCCGGCCAGAAGCAGCGCAUUGACUGUAUCCUGUGUGACAACCCCUACAUGAGGGACCUGAACGCACUGUCAGGCCUUCUGCUGGGAUGAAACCAAGCUCACAUACAGUACUCAGCCACUCACACACAGAUACACUUACAAGUCUGUCUGUCGAAUGAUGGCGCCAAAAGUAGGCCUAUGUACGGAAAACUGAGAUGUUUUUUAUUAAAGACGAUGAUCAACUGCACUGCUAUUGGGGAUGGCUAUUUGUUUGGAAGGCAUCAGUCUCCAUUUUCUCCACAUUUUGUUUAAGUUCAACAGUGUCCAUGGAACAUAUCCACUAGCACAAAUGCACUUGACAUCUCUAAAUAGUUUGCUUUCUAGUGAAACCAUGGAAUGUGGGGAGAAAUUGUCCAGCUGGCAUAUGAUGUGCUCAUAUUUGUUCUGAGUACUUAAGUCUUUAAAGUGUGAAACCAAAAUUGUGUUGAAAUUGCUGUUGCUGUUAUAACUGCUGAAGGAAAAGUUAUUUUGUUCAUGUUGUAAUAUAAUUACAGUUUAUAUUAUUUGAUUGAGCACAUAUGAAAAUUGGGACAUGUAGAUAUGGUUUUAUGUGAACAACUACGAAAAAUACAGCAGCCCAUAAAGACGUUUUUUUUUUUAAACCAGUGGAACUUCAAUCUGCCUAAUUGCUUCAGUGAAUCACAAAACAGUGCUUUAGUACCAGGUUGGCAGGGUCUGGAGGACCCAGUGCCCUGUCCUAGCACACUCCUGUGCAGAGGUUAAUGAUAUCUUAUAUUAAUAUUUUAGUAAAUUAUAUUUCUGGCCUACUACACGUCAGUCUGGCUGCCCCUUAUCUUCUAGUACUGAAUGUCCACUACACUCACUGAGGACAUAGCCAUUGUAUCUUCGGAAGAGUCCCAGACUGACUCGGAUGCCAGAAGAGACAAUUUACCCGUGUUACUCAAUGAUCUGGCACACCCUGGCCAUUCUCUUUUGCAAGUCGCUACCUUGUAAUGGUAACACAUAGCAAACCUGGAGUUCAUGGUUGGUCAAUAGGAUAAGACCCCAGUCACCAGCUAUGGCCACCAGAGGUCACUGUAUACUAAGCUGUCAGGGGCUAGUUGCUACUGAAUCACUUCUUCAUUACCACAAACAAGAGUUAGUGAGUGACCUGUUUAUUAUGAAUAAAUUAAUUUGCUUCAGUUGUGUAUAACUUCGGUUUUGUUUAACAGUAGUGAUGGGGGGGGAUCGAUACAGUUACAGAUUGGGAUAUUAUAUUUUACAAUAUAUCGUAUCGGUUUGACAAUAUCGCAAUAUUAAUUUUGCAAUUGUUGGCUAUAACUGCACCAAAACUCAGUGUUUUUCCUUAAUAGCUUAUUUUCCAUCUUUUUAAAUAGGGAGCCAAUUUGUUUUCAGCACUUUUAUAUUACUGAUCAAAACUUGUUUUCUCAUGCUCUCUCAUUUCUCUGCAGCAGACAUAUGGUGAGCAAUGUUUGGACCACGGAAUCGCAAUAAAAUCACAGUAUUGAAUUGCAAUACACAUAGAAUCGCAAGACAUAUUGUAUCAGCAUCAUAUCGUGAGGACCCUGGCAAUUCCCACCCCUGUAUAAUAGUAAUAUUCAACUCUUUUGGGAUGUGUUUGUCAGUGUAUUCUACCCGUGAGGUAAAACUUUGGUCUAUGUCUCCAAGUCCCCUUUUGUUUAUUCUCAACAAAAUGCAAUGGAUGUCAGUCACUGAUGUUUGGUUUUAAAAAAUUAAUUAAAAAAAAAAAUCCGAUUUCUAUGAGAAGGGAAAUGCAGUGGUAUCACCAGUGAGGGUACAGACAUUUUGUGGGUAUCUCACAGUUACUUGAAAGACAGGGUGUGUAUUUGAUCUCCACAGGCUGGUAAAGUUAAAAAGGCAAUGUGUUUGUCAUAAACAAUACUUAAUUUUCUUA